UUUCAUCCUCUUACAGCCUCUGGCAUACCUCUUUGCAGUGCACCUCCUUGAGGGUUGCUGUCUGGGUCAGGGACAGGUGAAGGACUCCCCAGCCUUUGUGGAGUCUCUUCUUGCCCUCUUGCACCCCAGUUUUCAGGGCAACUCCCCCUUCUGUGAAUUAGUUAUUCAGAAAUUAAAUUGAAUUUGAUUUCUGUUUCUUGGGGGUGUGGCUGCCAAUGGAUGAAAAUAAAACCUUUCGCUAUGGACUCAUCGUUGUGGGGUUCUUUCUGGUGAUGAUUGGCAUGUUCAUCAUGAGCGUAGAGAAGCCUCAGAUCUACAUCACUUUCUGCACUCUGGGAGCCUUGACCAUAGUAAUCGGGAUCAUUUGGAGUAUGUGCCAGUGCUACCCAAAGGUCAGAAUUGUUUCUGUUUAUUCAGAGUCGGAGAAGUUCCUUGUAAAAAAGCCUAGUACUUCAUGCGUUGAAAAUGAGAUUCCUGAGAAGAGUAGGUACGUAUAUCUAAGAAAACCAGACUUGUAGGCUUCCACUCAACAGUAUGUAAUCUUCUUUUUAAUUAGAAUGCUAAUCAGUAGUACAUAGCAUAAACUGUGUUCCUAGGGGGACAAGGUCACUCUCUGGAAAC